UUUUUUUGACUUCUCCCACAUCCAGACCACAGAGCAGCUGCCAAACGGCUGCGUUGGACAGCGGGGUGGCCGAGCCGGGCCCCUGCGGGCAGGGCAAGGGUGACAAUCGUGACAAUCCCUCCCCCAGAGGACAGGCACGGCCAGGGGAGCCCCCUGGGUGGCAGCAUGGGCGGUGGGAGAGCAGCAGAUCCAUGAAGAUCCUCGGAGCUGGGGCUCAGGAGCGAAGCUGCCCCGGCUGAGGCGGAUCCAGGAGCGGGAUCGUGGCUGGGAGAGCCCCCCAGGGCUGGGCAGUGCCAGGGGCUCCUGCAGGACCUGGAUGCUGGAGGAUGAUGCCGUGUGGGGUCGGUGGCCGGGUGGUGCUGGUGCUGAUGACCUUGUCCCUCAGCUUUGCAGCCGAGGAGCUGCUGUGUGCCUGUGACGUGCCCCACUGCAGCCAGCCCAACUGCACGGGCAAGGUGUGCUUCGUCAGCAAGAGGAGGGAGGAGGGCACCAUCACCCAGCACCGGGGCUGCUUCUCCCAGAACAUUCUGGAGCACUGCCACACGCCCAUCACGGAGCAGUACGGCAUGAGGUGCUGCAGCUUCCACAUGUGCAACGCCGAGCUGGAGAUCUUCCUGCAAGGAGAAGAUGCUCUGGUAAAGACACCUUCCCUACCCAACCUCCUCCUGAUGAUCUUCGUCCCUCUGCUCUCCCUCCUCGUCCUCGCGGCGCUCACGGCGCUCUUCUGCUGGAAGGUGGCCCAGCAGCGCCACAAGCACAGCGACUUCGGUGACACAGACCUCAUGCUGAAGGCAUCCAUGAUGGGAGACAGCACCUUAGAGGACCUGCUGAACGACGACUGCACCACGGGCAGCGGGUCUGGGCUGCCUUUCCUUGUCCAGAGGACGGUGGCGCGGCAGAUCACCCUCAUGGAGUGUGUGGGUAAAGGGCGCUACGGCGAGGUGUGGCGGGGCGUGUGGCACGGCGAGAGCGUGGCCGUCAAGAUCUUCUCCUCCCGGGACGAGCAGUCGUGGUUCCGCGAGACGGAGAUCUACAACACCGUCCUCCUGCGGCACGACAACAUCCUGGGUUUCAUCGCCUCUGACAUGACCUCCAGGAACUCCAGCACGCAGCUCUGGCUCAUCACCCACUACCACGAGAACGGCUCCCUCUACGACUACCUGCAGAGGACAGCCCUGGAUGUGGACACCUGCCUGGGCCUGGCCUCCUCCAUCAUCUGUGGCCUCGUCCACCUCCACGUGGAGAUUUUUGGCACUCAGGGCAAACCUGCCAUCGCCCACCGGGACCUGAAGAGCAGGAACAUCCUGGUGAAGAGCAACCGGCAGUGCUGCAUCGCAGACCUGGGGCUGGCCGUCAUGCACUCCCAGGGCAGCGAUUACCUGGACAUUGGCAACAACCCCCGGGUGGGCACCAAGCGCUACAUGGCCCCGGAGGUUCUGAGCGAGCAGAUCCGCACCGACUGCUUCGAGUCCUACAAGAAGACUGACAUCUGGGCGUACGGGCUGGUGCUGUGGGAGAUCACCCGGAGAACGGUGGUGAACGGCAUUGUGGAGGAGUACCGGCCGCCCUUCUUCGAUGCCGUGCCCAGCGACCCCAGCUUUGAGGACAUGAAGAAGGUGGUGUGUGUGGACCAGCAGACCCCCGUGAUCCCCAACCGCCUCUUCUCCGACUCGGUUCUGUCGGCGCUGGCGAAGAUCAUGAAGGAGUGCUGGUACCAGAGCCCCUCGGCUCGUCUCACCGCCCUGCGCAUUAAAAAGACCUUGAAGAAGCUCAGCAAUUCCGCCGAGAAGCCAAAAUUGGAGCAGUGAGCGCCGGGAACCGGACACCGGAGCCACUGACGGGCGGCACCGGGGACGGGAUGGCCCCGGUCACAGAGCAGCUCCUGCCUCUCCCACUCCUCCUUCGAGCCGGUUGAAUUUGCAAGCACGAAGAAAAAAAUAGGAAAAAAAAAAAAAAAAAAAACCACCAAAGGAGGAAUCUUCCACCCGGCCAUAAAAAUAUCCUUGGAUCCGUCAUCCGACACCGGCGCGUCUCGCUGUGCCGACAGGGAUGGCAGCUGGUCGCCCAGCCGGAGGGGCACGGGUGGCAGAACCACCCCCACCCCGAGGGGCACCGAUGGCAGAACCACCCCCAUCCCGAGGGGCACCGAUUGCAGAACCACCCCAUCCCGAGGGGCACGGGUGGCAGAACCACCCCAAACCGAGGGGCAGCGAUGGCAGAACCACCCCCACCCGAGAGGCACCGAUGGCAGAACCACCCACAGCCCGAGGGGCAGCGAUGGCAGAACAACCCCAAACCGAGGGGCAGCGAUGGCAGAACCACCCCCAGCCCUUGGGGCACCCACCCCGAGGGGCACCGAUGGCAGAACCACCCCCAGCCCUCGGGGCCCCCACCCAGCGCCGGCUCCACGCGGCCGCGGAGCUGCCCGGACCCGCCCGCCCAGCGCUGGCAGGAAUUCCCCGGCAGAGCCGCGGUGCCCGCUAGAGGAGGGAUGGGUUUCUUUGGCAAAGGUUGGCACAAGGGCAGCACCCCCUUGGAUCUGCACCCUGGAUUGUGGGGAUCCCAAAAAUGAGGCGCUGCCGGUGAACAGAGUGGUCCGAGCGUCAGGAUGGGGGUCCCGUGGUGAUCCUUCCAGGUCACGGAGUCAUUUGGGAUGACUUUUAAAGUCAUCAAUUCAAGCAGCCAGCGUCCCCCUUGCCAAAGAGGUGCCCUCUUGGCUCUUUGCCAAUAUUUUGGUGUUUUCUGAGGUGUUUUGGCUCGGCCAGCUUCAUCCCCAAUCGCUCCUCACCAUCCCAAAAUCCGCCCCAUGCUUGGAGAUGUUUGGACAUGACCAGGACGUUCAGCAGAACCAGCUUUGCCACAUAACUAUUUAAUUAUUAAGAUUUAAUAUAUUUAAUAAAGUGUAAAGCUAUUUUAUCACCUAA